AUGAACUUGUAGUGGAAUCCUUAUUUCAAUCCAAAAGAAAAUGUUUAGCAGUUAAAUGUAUCAAUCUAUAUUAAUACAGAAUCUAUCGUUUAUGAGAUUUGAUGAAAAUUUACAAUAACCAUUAUACAAUAAAUAGAUUCAAUUUCAUAAAAAAAUAUAGAUUUAAGUAAAUUUAAUUUAUAGUUUAGCCAACAUUCUAACCUGAUAAUAUAAAAUAUAAGAGAAAUAAAAAACAAUCAAGUUGUGUACCAUUUUAAUUAAAUGUACCUCAAUAAACUUCUAAUCAAACUUUAACAAAAGUAGCAUAAUUAAGUUUAAAACCUAUAUUCAGUAAACCAAAAUGCAUAGAAAAUAAUACAUAAAAUGAGAAUCUGAAGGGAUCAGCAAUAUGGGAGAGAAAAGAUUUUCAAAAUUAACAAAUAACAUUUGAGUCUUUCUUAAAAGAGUAAAAUUUAUCUAGAAAUAAUUCAAUUGAGCAUAAUAACAAUAAUAAAUCUCUUUUUAAAAAGAAUCAUCGUUAAUACAGUCAUGUUGUUUAAGGUAAUUCUGGAGCUUAUUUUAUGAUUUCUAAUAUACCUUAAAAUAAUACUAAUACAAAUACAACUAAUUCAUAUUAUUCUAAUUGUGAAAAGUAAGGAUUUAUAUUUUAUAUUUGUAGUUGUAAUUCUUAAAGAGAAGAAAGAAAAAUUGAAAAAAUAAAUGUUCCUAAAUUUUUUAUUCCAGAAGAUAAUUCUAAUUUAUUUAGUGAGAGAACAAUAAAAAAAUAAAGUCCUAAUAAUUUAAUUAAACAUAAAAAAAAUACUAGAUGUAUUUCUAUGGGAGAAUAAAAACAAAUAGGACUUACACUAGAAUGUGAUGAAUCAAGUAUUACAAUUCUAAGUGAUAAUGCUAAUACAUUAUUACCUAAUCCUACAAAUUCUAAAAAUAAUAAUAUUUCACAAAAUGAAAAUACAAUUAAUCAAACUUCUUAAAUAGGAGGAUUUUCUUAAGAAACUUUAUAAGUUUUAAUGCUUUAAGAAAUUGAAUAUGCUCCUAAUAGUGAUUAUCUUUAAUCAAUAUAAACUUAAAUCACUCCAUUGAUGAGAGCAAUUUUAAUGGAUUGGAUGAUUGAAGUUUGUUCUGUUUAUCUUAUGAAGAGAGAUACAUAUUAUUUAGCUAUUGCUUAUGUUGAUAGCUAUUUAUCUAAAAAAAUAAUAACAAAACCAGAAUUAUAAUUAUUAGGUACUGCUUCUAUGUUAAUAGCAUCUAAAAUGGAGGUAUAAUUAUUAAUUAUUAUAUUUUAAAGGAAGUUGAAGCAAAAAAUCCAAAAGAUUUUGAAAAAGCAAGUAAUUAUGGUUAUUCUUUGAAUAAAAUAUAUGAAAUGGAAAAGGAAAUUUGUAGAAUUUUAUAAUGGCAUUUAAAUGUUCCAACUAUUAAUCUUUGGAUUGAAUUUUAUACAAAUCAAUGGGAUAAUUUUAUUAUAGAUGAUAUUCAUAAAAAGUUUAGAGCAAAUAAUAAUUCUUCAUUUAAAAGUAUUAAUUUAAUACUAUAAAUAAGUUAUGUUAAAAUUGUAGGGAUAUAUUGAUUGUUGUUAUCUUGAUAUUGAAACUCUAAGUUAUAAAUCAAGAAAAAUUGUGGCCUCUUUUAUGUAUCUUGUUUUGGCUUUAGAAUAUGAAUAAUUUACAAAAGAGUAUAUUUAUUAUGAAAUUCCUAAGACUAGCAAAUUUAUCCUUGUUGAUUGUAAAUAUCUUUUGUAAUCACUAGCUUAGAAAUCAUUCAACAAAAUAUUUACAGAAUUUGCUUAAAUCAGUUUCGGAUUCAAUCUUGUGGAUUUGAUAGACAGUAUUAAAUAUGCCUCAAAAUUUAUUAUGUUGGAUUUUAAAUACAGUGAUACAAUCCAAGACAAAAUAAAUAUUCAAGUAUUUAAUAUUAUCAAUUCUUAGAGACACGAAGAUUUACUCAUAUAUUAAAAAUAUAAUUAAACUGGACUCUCUUUCAUUAGAUAUAAACUCUAAAAAUGA